CGAGGACCCAAUGGGCAUGACGAAGUUCGGCAUCACUCCCCAGGAGUUUGGCGAGAACGUCGCUGACGGGAGGCAGCGGCACCCAGUCCCGGAGGACCAGGAGGACAGGGCCAGCCAGCACGCCCAGGUGUGCAGCAGGAACAUCGGGGGCCCGCUGAAGACCAAAGAGCAGGUGUCGGAGCACGCCGAGUGGUACCUGUCUCGCCUCAUUGCGAGCGACCCGCGCGUGAGGGGCUACGUGCGAAAGCAGUUCUGGGAUCGCGUUGCCGUCUCGACGCACGUGACCGAGGCUGGCAAGCCGAUCGCCCAGGUCGCGGCGACCACCUUCAGGAGGGCCUACCGCGCCUACCACCUCGUGAACAAGCCGGCCAAGGCGUUCCUUGCGCGGCCCAACGACGAGCUCUUCUUAG